AUGUUCUCACGUUCAUCAUCUCCCAAAGGUAAGGAAGAAGAAGAGGGGUUUAUUUACGCUGCUGUCUACUCUUCCUUUAAGUCCUCCCUACUGCAAGCCAUGCUGGGCGAACUACCAUUGGCCAGCGGGUCUGCCAGCCGCUCAGAAGAUGUUGCCUAUAUGCCCCAGGCCACUUGGGUCUUUGCCGGGACCGUACGCGAAAACAUCCUCUGUGGACGACCGUUUGAGCCCUUGCGAUACCAGCAAGCGCUGGACCUAUCGGCCUUAAAACUUGACCUGGAGAAUUUUCCCGAGGGCGACGCCGUCGAAGUGGGUGAACAAGGUGUGGCCCUCAGUGGCGGACAAAAGGCGCGCAUUUCUCUCGCCCGCCUGGCCUACACACAAGCGAAGCUGGUUCUUCUGGACGAUCCCCUGGCUGCUGUUGAUCCCCAGGUUGCCAACGAAAUCUUUGAAAACUGCAUUUGUGCAUACAUGUCUGACAGACAGCGCAUUCUUGUGACAAAUCAGCACCAUCUUCUGCCAAAAAUGGAUCUUAUUGUGGUCAUGCAGGAGGGAGGGGUAACGGCAACAGGAACCUUCGAUGACCUAAUUAGUCGAGGAAUCAACUUCUCCAAGUUACUCCAACCACCCGAGCCUGCGAAACCAGAAACUGUUGAUAGCCCUGCGUUCGAUGUGGUUGACUGCAUGACAAACUCGGACGAAUUAGAAAGUAUGGAUACUGAGGACAGUUUUGUUAAGACCAAUGGAGAAGAAAUGGAUGACAAACAGGUGUAUGAGGCUGCUAAACAGCGACAUCUAGCUAGAAAACGGCGCCGACAUGAGGCCAAGGGAGACAAUGCCUCCGUCACUCUCCUUUCCACUGAUUUGGCACUUUCAAGCCUGGGGGUUCGUUACUUUUUGAGGUCUACUCAUUCCAAAUUCGGCUUUUACAGUUCAAGCAACCUUUAG